AAAUUAAAAAAAAAAAAAAAAAAAAAAGACACACACACACACACACAGAGAAAGAAAGGCCAAAGAAGCUUCUUUUCUGCCUCUCAACAUAAAAAACCAGAGCUCUUUUUGAGGACCCAAAAGCACAAAAGAGAAGAAGAACAAAGCCCUUCAUCUCCUCACUAUUUCUCAACACUUUCUCUAUCUAAACACUUUCUCUCUCUUGUUCAUUCAAUAGUGUUUUUUCUUUCUUUCUAAAGAUUGGAUUUUUAAGCUGAGAAAUUUUGCGAUGUCUGUUCCUCAAGAACAUGAUUACAUAGGUUUACCUGUGGAGAAAGCUUCUGAUAAGAUCCUGUCACCUUCUUCGUCGGCCACUAUUUCCUCUGGUUUCGAGAAAAACGAGGUUUUGAACCUUAAACGAACCGAACUCAGGCUCGGGUUGCCAGGCUCGGAGUCCCCGGAAAGGAAGGCUGGAUUUGGGGUUUCCCUUUUCGGGAAGGAGGAGGGUAAUAAUGGGUUUUCUCAGAACUUUGUUUCUGGUUCGAAAAGGGGUUUUAAUGAUGUAAUAAACUGUUCUGGUAAUUGGGGUUUGUGUAUCAAUGGCGGAUCUGAGGUUGUUGAUUGUAAGGUGGAAAUUCCCACUGUCAAUAUUCUUGAUGAGAAGAAGAAGAAUCAGCCUGGAAAUACUGCCCCUGCUUCUAAGGCACAAGUAGUGGGAUGGCCACCAGUUCGAUCUUUCCGAAAAAACACCCUCGCCACAAACUUACCGAAGAACAACGAAGCCGCAAAGCAGGGACCGAAUUGUCUUUACGUAAAAGUGAGCAUGGACGGUGCUCCGUACUUGAGGAAGAUUGAUCUGAAAACUUGCUCCACCUAUCCCGAAAUUUCUUCCGCUCUUGCCAAGAUGUUUAGCUGUUUCACUAUCGGGCAAUACGGACAGGGUCUUGCCGGAAAAGAAGGUCUUAGUGAGAGUGGCUUAAUGGAUUUAAUCCAUGGCUCUGAGUAUGUGCUUACGUAUGAAGAUAAAGAUGGUGACUGGAUGCUCGUUGGGGAUGUACCGUGGGGGAUGUUCAUAGAUUCAUGCAAGAGAUUGAGGAUCAUGAAAGGCUCAGAUGCAAUUGGUUUAGCUCCAAGGACUAUGCAGAAGUUCAAGAACCAAAACUAGUGCUGGUUUUUUUUUGAAAUCUCGAUAAGGGCUGUAUCUUUUUUUGUUUUUAGUAGAUUGCUAUGGAUGGAAAUGUUUGGUUUACCGAAGCAGACAAUAUAAAUCGGAAAACAUUUAAAUGCUUUGACCUCAGUUAUGUAUCUGCCAACUCAAAAAACUUCUGUAAAUUGAGUCCUGGUAAUUUUUGUGUGUUCGUACUUUGUUUAUUGUCCGAUUUGUGGUUGCCAAAAC